AAACCAAGCAACCAACAACUCUACAGCGCCCUAAUCCAUUCGUCUUCUCUCACUCUACUACGUCUUCUCCUCCGACUUCCUGCUCUUCUUAAAGCAACAACUCCCAUGGGCAAAGCCCUAGAUCCAGAAUCAGCAUUCGAUCGCCUGAUUCUGCCAUCCUUCUUCUCUAAUCCCGAUCCCUUUCAGUUUCCGUGCUCUAGGCGCGAUUUUCAUCGCUGCGAUCUUUCCAUUUGUUGAAGUUUUUGAAACACGUUUGCGCAUCGCAGGCUAAUUGGUGGAGAUAAAUCACAUUUGUCUGCGCUUUUUGAAUCCGAAUUUUCUUUGGAUGAUGAUGAUGGAAAUACUGUCAUGUAACGGGCGAUUUCAGUUCCAGAACCCAAGGCGGAGUGUGUUGGCGGUGGUCUCCGCUCAUAAGGCCCUCUUUACUGUGCUCUGGAUUAUAGGGUUCUCUUCUUUGUUCUUAUGGCAGAGGAGCUCCGUCGAGGGGAUCCGGAUCUUCCUAUGGGUGGCUUGGCGUCCGCCGGGCACGGCUUUGCCGAGGCUUCGACCGGUGGCGUUCAACCUCACGGACUUCGGUGGGGUCGGUGACGGAGUCACGUUGAACACUGAGGCGUUCAAGCGAGCGGUGGCUGCGAUCUCCAAGUUUGAGAAGAGGGGUGGGGCGCAGCUGAACGUGCAGCCUGGGCGCUGGCUUACCGCUCCCUUUAAUCUCACCAGUCAUAUGACUCUGUUCCUUGCGGAAGGUGCUGUUAUUCUCGGGGUUGAGGAUGAGAAUCUAUGGCCAUUGAUGCCUCCACUACCAUCAUAUGGAUAUGGGAGGGAGCAUAAAGGACCUCGAUAUGGAAGCUUAAUCCAUGGUCAAAAAAUUGUGGAUGUAGUUAUAACAGGUCACAAUGGCACUAUAGACGGGCAGGGCAAAUCAUGGUGGACAAAAUUUCGCAGGAGAAGUCUUAAUUACACUAGAGGUCCUCUUGUACAAUUUAUGUGGUCAGAUCACAUAAAUAUUUCUAACAUAACACUCAUGAAUUCACCAUUCUGGACUCUUCAUCCUUAUGACUGUAAGAAUAUUACUAUUUCAAAGGUUACAAUUUUGGCUCCUAUUUCCGAAGCUCCAAACACCGAUGGCAUAGAUCCAGAUUCUUGUGAGAAUGUGGUAAUAGAGAAUUGCUACAUAAGCGUUGGUGAUGAUGGAAUAGCAAUUAAGAGCGGUUGGGAUCAGUAUGGAAUCAAAUAUGGGCGACCUUCCACCAAUAUUGUUGUUCGGAAUCUCCUUAUUCGCUCUUUGGUUAGCGCUGGAAUCUCAAUUGGAAGUGAGAUGUCCGGCGGAGUCUCCAACGUUGCCGUUGAAAAUAUACACAUAUGGGGUUCAAGACGGGGAGUCCGCAUAAAGACCGCCCCUGGGAGGGGCGCUUAUGUAAAGAACAUCUCUUACCAUAACAUAACCCUGGACAACGUUCGCGUGGGGAUUGUAAUCAAGACAGACUACAACGAACACCCAGACGACGACUUUGAUCCCCACGCUCUCCCCAUCAUUUCCAAUAUCACCUAUGAUGGUAUCCAUGGUCAGGGCGUUCGAGUCCCUGUGCGAAUCCAGGGCAGUGAGGAGAUCCCCGUUCAGAAUGUUACUUUCCAUGACAUAUCAAUUGGUAUUACUUACAAAAAGAAACAUUUGUUCCAGUGUUCAUUUGUUGACGGCCGUGUGAUAGGAUCCAUUUUCCCUGUUCCCUGUGAGAAUCUUGAUCGUUAUGAUGAACAUGGACGGUUGGUGAUGCGCUCAUCGUCCCAGAAUGUUAGUGAUGUUGACUAUGAUAUCUGAGAAAUGAUGUCGCCACCCUUUCUUCCAUUGAAGGAGUGGAAAUUGUUGUAUUGAGCUUUCUCUUAAGGGGUUUGGUUAUGUGCCAACCAAUUCCCAUUAUGUUCUUUUAUUUCCUUUUUCUUAUGGUAUGUUUGGGCUUUGUAAAUACGUCUGUUAAAUAUAUUUCAGGAAGUUUACACAGA